AUGGCCAUAGAUAUUCAACGCGAGCCAAGCUUGACUGAUAUUGAUUCAAUUCAUCAUCAUCGUCCUGUUCAAUCUUCAUUAACUAAACAUCGGCGUAUAUCCAUUUCAUCAAUUGUUCACCCAGAUUCAUUGAAAAUUCCAUUACCAACAGAUGAAGUAACACUAAAAAGACAUCUUGGUUUAUUCUCAGGAAUCUGUUUUAUUGUUGGUGUCAUCAUUGGUUCUGGUAUAUUUGUUUCUCCUAAGGGUGUUUUACAAGAAACACAAUCAGUCGGUCUUUGUUUGAUUAUUUGGAUUGCAUGUGGAUUAGUUGCUUUACUUGGAGCACUUUGUUAUGCAGAAAUUGGUGCAGUAAUACCAAGAAAUGGUGCAGAAGUUGCUUAUAUAAAAGAAGGUAUUGGAUCGGUUCAUAAACAAAUAGGUGAUAUAUUGGCGUAUGUUUCCAGUUGGGCAUAUACAUUUAUUUUGAAACCAUCAGGUAUUGCAAUUCUUAUUCUUACAUUUUCUCAAUACUUCUGGUCUGGCAUCAUAGAAGAAUGCGAACUAUCAGAAGAAUUAAUCAAAAUGACAGCUAUUUUUGCUAUUUUAAUGUUGAUCAAUAUAAAUUCUAUAAGUGUGUCUAUAGCUAAUCGUCUUAAUAUUAUAUUUGUUAUCUGCAAAGUAUUAACUAUUUUAACAGUAAUAAUAAUUGGUGUUAUACGAUUGGGAAAAGGAUAUACACAAAAUUUGCAAAAUGGUUUUGAUGGUACAACAAAAAAUCCAUUGGGUGUUGCACUUGCAUUCUAUUCUGGUCUUUGGGCAUAUGAUGGAUGGAAUAGUCUUAACUUAGUGACAGAAGAAUUAAAAAAUCCUAAAAGAGAUUUAUGGUUAUCUAUUGUAUUGGCUUUACCUGCUGUUAUAAUACUUUAUGUUCUUACUAAUAUUUCUUAUUUUACUGUUAUGAAUAAAGCAACAUUACUUACUUCUAAUGCUGUUGCUGUAACAUGGGGUGAAGCUGUAUUGGGUCCAGUGUUACGUUUUCUACCUAUUUUGAUUUCUGUUAGUGCAUUAGGUAGUGCUAAUGGAAGUCUCUUUGGAGCUGCUCGAUUUUGUAUGGUUAGUGCUCAAUAUGGAUAUUUACCAGAAGUAUUUGCAUGUAUUCAUAUACGAAGAUUGACUCCAAUACCUGCUGUUGUUCUUCAGGGUGUCAUUACAAUUUUGUUUUGUCUUCCAAGUAAUAUUGAUGGUUUGAUCGAUUUUUUUAGUUUUGCUGCAUGGAUUUUUUAUGGAUUAACAUUUGUUGCUACACUUUGCUGUAAAUUUACAAAGAAAAAUGCAGAACGAGUGAUAAGUGUUCCUAUUCCAUUGAUUAUUAUUAUUGUUCUUAUUUCGAUUUAUUUGGUUCUUGCACCUGUAAUUACAUCACCAAAUAUUGGAUAUCUUUUUGCAACAAUUAUGAUUCUAUGUGGUUUAGUAUUCUAUUAUCCAUUUGUCUAUCGUAAAAUAGAAUGGAACAUAAUAAUAUUGACCAUCAUGACUGGAGAAUAUCGAGGUGUGAUUGAUUUACAUGGUAAAAAUGCAGUUAUUACUGGUGCUAGUCGUGGUAUUGGUAAAGAGAUAGCACUAACAUUAGCAAAAGAAGGUUGUAAUGUUGCUUUAUUAGCUCGUUCUCGUGAUGCUCUUGAAACAUUAGCUAUAGAAUGUUCAAAAAAUGGUAUCAAAGCUCAUGUUAUUAUCUGUGACAUGUCAUCAAAACAAUCAAUUGAAGAUGCAUGUAAACAAAUUAGUCACAUAUUUCAAAAUAAAUUAGAUAUACUUAUUAAUAAUGCUGGUAUCGCUGGUGAGAGUGUUUCUGCAAUAGAAGAAAAAACACCAUCAGGAAAAGAUGUAGUAGAUAUGUGGGAAGAAGUAAUGAUGGUGAAUUUAUUAGGUUUAAUGCGAAUAACAGGAAGAUGUUUACCAAUGAUGAAAGAAUCUAAACAUGGUGCAAUAAUCACUAUAUCAUCUCUAUCAGCAACGAUGACCUCUGGCAGAUCAGCUCAAUAUCAUGCUAGUCAAUGGGGAGUUAAUGGAUUUCUUGGUUCGAUUUAUGAAGAUAUUCGUGAAUAUGGUAUUAAAGUUUGUUCUAUUAUGCCGGGCUUUGUGAAUACACCAAUGAUUCAUGAUGAUAAACAUAAAUUAAAUUUUGAUAAAUGCAUUCAACCAGAAGAUAUUGCUCAAGGUGUUCUUUAUAUUUUACGCACACCUUACAAUGUAUGUCCAACAGAAAUUAAAUAUCGACCACAAUAUACACCAUAUUUGAAAUGA